UAUUAUUGUUGUUGUAGACUGUUAACCCUGGUCUGUGACAUAUAGCCUUCCAGAGCAUAUAGUUGUAAAGGUGCUUUAAAAGCACUCAUGUCAAUGACUACAUGCUUUUUUGACUGAAGCAUACGGUAGAAUACAGCAUAUACUGUAGUUAUUAGUCCAAAUUAGUGGACAUCUCUGCCUGUGAUUAUAAACUGCCUGGACCUGCCGAGUAAUAACUGCCCAUUUUGCUAUGUUUGAAAGACACUACAGCUGGAAAACUGACGUUUGAAUAUAAAGCUAACAUUACUUUCGGUUUGUAUUACAGAGUCAGGCUGUGAUACACAGGAACUGGUUUCUUUACAGCCAUAAUCACCUAAGCAAUGGCUCACCAUUCCCAUGGAGAGGUUUGGCUAUAAUGUUUUGGCAUAAGAUGCAUGUUUUCUCUAAAAACCUGACACUGAAAGGCAGGAAAGCUUAAGUUGAGUAACUAUUUUCAGCUGAAUACACUAGGUUUUAUGUUUUUUUUUUUUAAAUAUAUAUGUGAUAUAUCACCUAUUCUAAUGAACAGGUAGCAAAAACGUCAAUUCAGAGUCAAUUCAAUUGAUUUGCUGAAAAUAGCAGACAAAAAGCUCACUCUCCGCAGUGCGCUUCCUCAGGCUACUCCCUUAUCAUAGCGCACUGCAUGAAAUGUUAGAUGUACUGUAACAGAACAGAAUAACUUAGCAGACAAAAAGCUCACUCUCCACCGUGCACUUCCUCAGGCUACUUCCAUAUCAUAGCACACUGCACGAAAUGUUAGAUGUACUGUAACAGAACAGAAUAACUUCAUAUAAAAAAUGUAGAAUUAUAUUGGAUGCUGUCUUAACAAGAUGUUUGUAAUGUAUUUUGUUUUUGACCUUUAUUGUUCUAAUGUGCUCUAUUGGGUCUUAAACUAUUUUUAUUGCUAUUUAAAUCGGAAGGGUCUCUCAAGACAUUUUAAAAAUCAGUGGACUGAUAUGCUUAAAUAAAGGUUUAAUAAUAAUAAUGCGGAAAAUAAACGCACACAUAUAGUAAUGACAGAAUCACAAUAGGUGUCUCCAGCAGCCACAUACAACAGGAAAAGUGGUUUCUGUUAAUGUAAAGGUCAGUGCAUGUGUGUGAGUGACCAUGUACAGGUUUGUGAGGUCUCAUGGACUCAUCUCCGACAUUCUGCAGACCCAGACCUCGCUCGCUGUCCUCUUGAUGCAUUCUCUGGAGGAGCUCACUGAAGAUGAGCUGAAGAAGUUUACAUUUUACCUGAUUCACCUGGUGUAUGAAGAGUAUCAGCGCAUUCCCAGGGGUCAGCUGGAGAAUUUGGACAGAAUAGGCAUCACCGACAUGAUAAUACGUUCCUAUGGUGAAGUCGGUGCUCUCAAGGUCACGCUUGAGAUCCUGAAGAAGAUGAACCUAAAUGAUCUUGUUCAGAGACUGAGUAAAGACCUGAAGAAGGGUCCCCAAGCAGGAAGUGAGCUGGGUGACAUAUUGGAGCAGAACAUUAUUAUGUCAAAAAGAUCAAAGGACUCCAGUGCCCAGGGAGGAAAAAAAGAAAGAGGAGAGGAGGAAAAACGGGAAAAAGACAAAGGGGAACUCAUGCAGUGUCAGCACAGAAUAAAAUGUAACCUGAAGCAGAAAUUUCAGUGUGUAUUUGAAGGGAAACCUAAGGGAGGACAGCCAACACUUCUCAGUGAGAUUUACACAGAACUCUACAUAACUGAAGGUGGGACUGGUGGAGUCAAUGAUGCACAUGAAGUGAGACAGAUUGAAACAGCAUCUAAGAAAUGGCGAACAGAAGAUACUACAGUCAAGUGCAAUGAUAUAUUUAAACCCUUAUCUGGGCGUGAAACACCUAUCAGAACUGUACUCACUAAAGGAGUGGCAGGUAUCGGGAAAACAGUUUCUGUGCAGAAAUUUAUUCUCGAUUGGGCAGAAGGAAAAGCAAACCAGGAUCUUCACUUCAUAUUUGCUCUUCCUUUCCGGGACCUGAAUUUGAUUAAGGAUGAAUACAGUCUGAUUGAACUGCUUCACCGCUUUGUCCCAGAACUGAAAUCGCUGGAAUCCACUGAGCUGUUUAGUUAUAAAAUCUUGUUCAUCUUUGAUGGUCUGGAUGAAUGUCGCCUUUCUCUCGAUUUUCUGAACAAUGAGAGCUGGUUUGAUAUAACAAAGAAAAUGUCACUUAAUGUGCUGCUGACUAACCUCGUUAAGGGGAAUCUGCUUCCAUCUGCUCUCCUCUGGAUAACCUCCCGGCCUGCAGCAGCCAAUCUGAUACCUCCUGACUGCAUCCACCGGGUGACCGAGAUACGAGGGUUCAGUGAUGCCCAGAAGGAGGAGUAUUUCAGGAGGAGAUUCAGUGAACAGAGCCUGGCCAACAGGAUUAUCACACAUGUGAAAUCAUCAAGGAGCCUCUUCAUCAUGUGCCACAUACCUGUGUUCUGCUGGAUUUCAGCUACUGUGCUUAAGAGGCUUUUUAGUGAGACUGACAGGGGAGAAAUUCCAAGGACUCUAACUGAAAUGUACACACACUUCCUGAACGUUCAAACAGGAUUUAAAAACGAGAAGUACAUGAAGAAAUUACAGCUUAAAACACACAGCCAGGAAUUCCUUUUAAAACUUGGUAAACUGGCUUUUGACAACCUUGAGGAAGGCAAUCUCAUAUUUUAUGAGGAAGAUUUGAUAGAGAAUGACAUUGACGUCAGUGAAGCUUCAGUUUACUCUGGACUAUGCACAGAAGUCUUUAAAGAGGAAUAUGGGUUGUAUGAGGAUAAGGUGUACUGCUUUGUGCAUCUGAGCAUCCAGGAGUAUCUCGCUGCUUUAUAUGUAUUUCUGUCAAACUCAUCAGCCGACCUGCUGAAGACUGCAGUGGAUCAGACAUUAACAAGCAAGAAUGGACAUUUGGACCUCUACCUCCGCUUCCUCCUGGGUCUCUCAACAGACUCCAGUAAGACUCUGUUAAAAAGGCUUCUGGGACAGACCAGAACCAGCUCACAUAACAUUGAGGAAACAGCCGAAUACAUCAAGUGGAAUAUACAGAAUAAUUUAUCUCCAGAAAGGACCAUCAAUCUGUUCCACUGUCUGAAUGAACUGGGUGACAAUUCUCUAGUAAAGGAAAUCGAAAGAUACCUGAAGUCAGGGCGUCUUUCAGCAGAUGACCUCUCACCUGCACAGUACUCAGCUCUGGCCUUUGUGAUGCUGAUGUCAGAUGAGGAGCUGGAUGUGUUUGAUAUGAAGAAAUUCAUCAGAUCAGAUAAAGAGCACUGGAGGCUGCUGCCUGUGGUCACGAACUCCAGGACAGCUUUCUGGAUCUGGCCAGAGAAUUUCAUCAACAUCGUAGGCAAUGUUGUCAUUAGCAAGACACCUUGGAAAGAAACGUCUUGAAUGACGAAUCCAUCCUUAUAUUGCUGCUACCUCCAUCUGGUCACAGGCCUCCUCCAUGGCUUGGAUGAGGGGUACCUCAGCCUGGAGAUGGAGAUCAUAUACCUUCCACCGCCAUGCUGAGAAAAACUCUUCUAUAGGGUUGAGGAAUGGAGAGUAUGGUGGAAGAUAUAGGACGGUGAAAUGUGGAUGUUGCUGAAACCAGUUCUGAACCAGAGUAGAGCGGUGGAAAGACACAUUGUCCCAGACAACAAUGUAUUGCAUAUGAUCGAUUUGGUUUGCUGCUGUUAUGUUGUGCAAUUGGUCCAAGAAUGUAAGUAUGAGUGCUGUGUUGUAAGGGCCCAUAUGGGCAUGGCGGUGGAGGAGCCCAUUCUGUGUAAUGGCUGCACAGAGUGUUAUAUGUCCCACACGUUGCCCUGGGACAUUGACUAUAGCCCUGUGGCCAAUGACGUUUCUUCCCCUCCUUCGUGUUCUCGUCAGGUUGAAUCCAGCCUCAUCUACGUAAAUGAACUCAUGCUGGAUCUCCUCUCCAUCCAUUCGUAAAACUACCUGAAGAACAGUGUCAGGCAAAAUUGUGUAGUUCAGUGUAGAUAUAGUAUACAUAUUACAGUACAGUAAAAGAUUAUGAGACAGUAUGCAAGAUCACACUGCUAAAGUGAAUACAUACCUCUGCAUAAUCAUGCCGCAGUCGUUUCACCCUUUCGGAAUUGCGCUCGAAAGGCACUCGAUAAAUUUGCUUCAUUUGAAUAUGGUUUUUUUUUAGGAUGCGUGCCAGUGUUGAUAUUGAGACCUGAUGGAUAUCGUUGAAACUGGCAUGGUUAUUGACAAUGUUAGCUUGGAGCUGUUUGAGUGUUAUAGCAUUGUUGGCCAAAACCAUGUUUACUAUCUCCCUCUCUUGCUGUUCUGUGAACAUAGGAGGCCUUCCCCCUUGUUGUUCCUGACCCUCAAUCCUAUGUAGAAAAAAAUCUGUAAACAAUAGUACAGUAUAUUUCACAGGACAAGGUAACAGAAGUGCUGAUACUGCAUAGAAUACAGUACUGUAAAGCAGUUACUGAAACCGUGCAGAUGUUUUUGAUAUGGUGAUAUUUGUACAAUACCUAUUUUCCAGCCGAAAUGUUCUUAUCACACUUGCCACUGUGU